GUUCCGUUGCUGUCUUCCUGUGUUGCCGCCCUUGGGCUGAGUGAGAAAUCAAACGCUGCAGAUAUCGUAUUCAUUUGAAAGACUGGUCUUAGUUGGAGAUUCUCCCGCUAGGUCCCGUUACCCUCAGGUAGCCUCUCCGUGGUCUGGAGCAGUGAGCCCAAGAAGGAACAGUGUGGCUGUGGUCUGCUGCUCAGUGUUGCUUAGCGAACUAUAGCUGGCACCAUGGCGUUGUCGUACAAGAAGGACCUGGACAAGUACAAGGAUCUCGACGAAGAUGAAAUCCUCAACAAACUAUCAGCGGAGGAGCUCAAACAGCUGGAGACAGCCCUCGAGGAGAUGGAUCCUGAGAAUGCUCUUCUCCCAGCCGGUUUACGUCAGAAGGACCAGACAUCCAAGAAUGCCACAGGACCAUUUGACAGGGAUCGUUUGCUCAAAUACCUGGAGAAGGAAGCCAUGGAGUACAAGGACAGAGAGGAUGUAGUCCCCUUCACUGGAGAGAAAAAAGGUAAAAUAUUUGUUCCUAAGCAGAAACCAACAGACGCAUGCCAGGAAGAAGUCACAACCCUCGAUCCAGAAUUAGAGGAAGCCCUCUCCAGUGCCACAGAUACAGAACUGUGUGAUCUAGCAGCAAUCCUGGGUGUUCACACGCUGGUCACUAGCAGUCAGACAUAUGAUGGGACUGGAAAUAAAGAGGGUUACAACAAUGUGAUCAAAGGGGAGAAGAUGAAUCCAGUGUUUGAUGAACCCCCCAAUCCCACUAAUGUAGAGGACACCCUGCAGAGGAUAAAAAGCAACGACAGCUCCCUAACAGAGGUCAACCUCAACAACAUUAAGAACAUUCCCAUUCCCACCCUGAAGGACUUCGCCAAAGCCAUGGAGAAGAACACGAACGUCAAGAAGUUCAGCUUGGCAGCAACACGGAGUAACGAUCCAAUCGCUGUGGCGUUCGGUGACAUGCUGCGGGAGAACAAGACGUUGCGAAGUUUGAACCUGGAGUCGAACUUUAUUACAGGGGCAGGGGUCCAGGCUUUGGUUGAUGCGUUGCGAGACAAUGAUACACUCAUAGAGAUCAAGAUAGACAACCAGAGGCAGCAGCUGGGUACUACUAUAGAGAUGGAGAUAGCUAAAAUGUUGGAAGAGAACAACAGCAUAGUGAAGUUUGGCUACCACUUCACCCAGCAAGGACCUCGCUCCAGAGCUGCCGCAGCUAUCACCAAGAACAACGACCUGGUCCGCAGGAAGCGAGUGGAAGGGGACCAGUAGGAAUGGAGCUCAACCUGUCUCCCAGCCAAUCCUGUUUUUUCAUCUCACUGUGUGGAAUAAUUUCAGCCAAUGCCCUGGUCUCAUCUCACUGUGUGGAAACUUUAGUCUUGUGCCAAACUGUGGGGCAAGGCACGCUCAACCAGAACAUACAUCUGAGAAGAAGGGAAAUAACUGGAAUUGCCCUCUCCUAUACACAUGUUCAUACUUUUGUUUAUUAUUAUGUUGUUAUUGAAGGUGUAAAUCUCAUUAGUUUUUAGUCAUUUCAUUUCAGCUGCUCCCUUUUUUUUGAGCCUUUAUACGGUCUGUCCAGACUUUUUACAUGCUUUUUUCAUUUUAUACUAUGCUAUAAUCAUGUGAAAUAAACAUGAACAUUACCAAGUAACAGAAGCAAGAAUAACAGCUUUGUAAAAACAAUAACUAACGCUGAGAAAAUUCUGUAUCCUCUACCAUGAUAGUUUGCUACCGAGGCUUAAGCCUCCAGUGGAAUUCCUGUACUGAAACAGCAGAAUUUGUCAUCAGAACUAUGGGAAUAGCUCUGAGGGUAUGACUACUAGCCUGCAAACCUUGUCUAACCGUACCACCAUCUGUUACCAUGUAAUAACCAGAGAUCACUGUUGUGCAUUUCAUGAGCAGUUUGGUUUGCAGGUUUUGUUUAUUGGAGUUGCCUUGUAAAGCCAGCAUGACUGUCGGGCUGGUGUGUGCAAUGGUUGGUGUGUGCAAGAAAUGUCUUAGAUAGAUAUGGGCUUAUACUAUUGUCAGCCUAAAAGAGGAUUCUUGACUUGAAAGUCUGCUAAAGACAACAUGCUGUUGGCCCCCUCAUAUAAUACUGUAAGUUUCAGUGCAUAAUGUCUAUACUGCUUUACAGUUUUAUUCUAAUUAAAGAUGUUGUUUUGGUACAGUUCAAAUUCUGAUUAGGUCCAUUCUAAUCACUAAUAUCUCUUAACAGGAAAUUGAGAGGUUUUGAUAUUUCGGAUCAAGUGAAAGUGGGAACAGGAUAUUAACUCCAUUCUAGACAGAAGAGGCUUUGAUCUGCUCUCACAAAUAUUGUUCUAAAUGUCUGCUCAAUACACUGGGUUUCUCUGAUGCUUAACCAUGCCAAAGACUAACACAUGCAGUGCUUAAAGUAUCAAUAUUGGACUCAGUGGUUAAUGGUUCAGGUUUAGGCUUUGUCAGCUACAGUCACUUCCUCACAGUACAGAUCUGAUAAGGGAGUAGUGGGUUAACAAACAAUGAUAUAGACUCUUUUUUUUUCUUUAUUUUUUUUUUUUUAAGAUGUUACCAUGCCAUUAAAUCCCUUUUUGUGGGUCAUUCAUAGAAAAAUGUUCAGCAAGUAGUGCAGUGAGAUGUGAGUAAGAGUUGACAAACAGUUUGUGUGAAACUUCUCAGUUUUGCUUCUCGGGUUUCAACUUCUUGAGAAAUGUUUCUAUGAAUAACACCUCCCGGAGGGUUGUGCACAGAUCUUCAAUUUUAUUUCUCCUACUUCUUCACACAAACUCUUUCACUUGGCUUUCAGCGACAUCUAGACAGUGGCAUGUCAUUCAUUAUGUAACAGAUAUCAACAUGCUAUGUGUCCCUCAAAGUGAACUUCCCAAGGCACACUAACCUGCUUGAGAUGGGAAUAACAGGACUAAUUCAGGAGUUACUUGAAACUUGUAUAUACUGUUUAUGUGUAAUAGGAACAAUAUGCUGGCAUGAAGUCAUCACUUGUGAACAUCAUGUUUCUAUCGACCAAAAAUGUUUUUUCAUCUUAACAGCCUCACAUUCCUGGGACAAGAGUUGUAUGUUUUAUAUCUGUAUUUCUUCCAUGACCAUAUUUGCUAGUAUUUCUCUUGAACCUUUUCAUUUUUACAUUACUGUGCUUUGCUGGUGGACAGUCAGCUAAAAUGGAAAAUUGCUUCUCUGCUUGGGCUUGUUAAUAAUAUUCUGUGAUUCAUAAUAUUCUAUGUAUAUUGAUUGUAAAAUGCCAUCUCAAAAGUGUGUGUGCGUUUGCAAUUUGAGAUGGCAUUUUACAAUAAAUAUACAUCUACAGAACUCACUGCUGAGAUUUUUUUGUACCUUAAUCAAAACCCAGGUGUAGACUCAACAUAAGGAAUAUGUACUAUUAUAAAACCACAAGACUGGUAAAACGCACUGCUGAAUAUAAAACAUCCUCAACAAUAAAUGUUUUUAC